CGGCGGGGGGCGGGGAAGAUGUCUGAGCGGGCUGAUCCCGCGGCGGCGGCGGGAGCAGGGAGCGAGAUGCCGGCCAAGAAGCAGAAGCUGAGCAGCGACGAGAACAGCAACCCCGGGGACCUGUCCGGGGACGAGAACGAUGAUGCUGUUAGUAUAGAAAGUGGUACUAACACUGAACGCCCUGACACCCCAACAAACACUCCCAAUGCACCAGGAAGAAAAAGCUGGGGAAAAGGAAAAUGGAAAUCCAAGAAGUGCAAAUACUCCUUUAAAUGUGUAAAUAGUCUGAAGGAGGACCACAGUCAGCCAUUGUUUGGAGUCCAGUUUAACUGGCACAGUAAGGAAGGAGAUCCAUUAGUGUUUGCCACUGUAGGCAGCAACAGAGUUACUUUUUAUGAGUGUCAUUCCCAAGGAGAAAUCCGUUUAUUGCAGUCUUACGUGGAUGCUGAUGCAGAUGAGAACUUUUAUACUUGUGCAUGGACCUAUGAUAGCAAUACAAGUCACCCUCUUCUGGCUGUGGCUGGGUCAAGGGGUAUUAUUAGGAUAAUUAAUCCCAUUACAAUGCAGUGCAUAAAGCACUAUGUGGGUCAUGGAAAUGCAAUCAAUGAACUGAAAUUUCAUCCAAGGGAUCCAAAUCUUCUCUUGUCUGUAAGCAAAGAUCAUGCACUGAGACUGUGGAACAUCCAAACAGAUACAUUGGUUGCAAUAUUUGGAGGAGUAGAAGGGCACAGGGAUGAGGUCUUAAGUGCAGAUUAUGACCUUCUUGGUGAGAAAAUAAUGUCCUGUGGUAUGGAUCACUCUCUGAAACUCUGGAGAAUCAAUUCAAAGAGAAUGAUGAAUGCCAUUAAGGAGUCUUAUGAGUACAAUCCAAACAAAACCAACAGGCCUUUUAUUUCUCAGAAAAUUCACUUUCCUGACUUUUCCACCAGAGAUAUACAUAGGAACUAUGUUGACUGUGUACGAUGGUUAGGAGAUCUAAUACUUUCCAAGUCUUGUGAAAAUGCUAUUGUAUGCUGGAAACCUGGCAAAAUGGAGGAUGAUAUAGAUAAAAUCAAGCCCAGUGAGUCAAAUGUGACUAUACUAGGGCGAUUUGAUUACAGUCAGUGUGAUAUCUGGUAUAUGAGGUUUUCAAUGGACUUCUGGCAAAAGAUGCUUGCAUUGGGCAAUCAAGUUGGCAAACUUUAUGUUUGGGAUUUGGAAAUAGAAGAUCCUCAUAAGGCUAAUAGCGCCCAGAGGCCCCAGUCGGGUUGGGGCCGCAUUGUGCUGGGCACUGUACGUAGAUACAGUAAAAGAAAGUCCGUGCCUCGAAGAGCUUACAGAGUAAUUAGGAGGAAAGUUUACAAAGUAAUUGAGAGGAGACUUACCAGAUGUACGACACUUACCCAUCCUAAGUGUGCUGCUGCCAUUCGACAAACCAGUUUUAGCAGGGAUAGCAGUAUUCUUAUAGCAGUUUGUGAUGAUGCCAGUAUCUGGCGCUGGGAUCGACAACGAUAAAUUACUUUUUUUAAUUAAAAGUAGAAAAUACAUUGUUGGUUUACAAUAUAACCUGUUAACUAGCCUCUACUGUAGUUGCAUUUAGAAUAGUUUUUCCCACUGUUCAGUUGGCCAGAGCUGAACUUAGUGAUGUUUACAUUCUUUGUACUGUUGUCCUGCUCAGACUCUGCUGCUUUCAUUAAUAAAAAAUAUUUUUGUAAAGCUUUAUGCAUUGUCCACUUAAAUUAUUUACCCAAAAUGAAUUUCAUGAUUUAACUGUGACCUGUAAUGUUUUACAUUGUGUAUAGAUAGUACAUAUCACAUGCAUGUUAGCCGUGUGGUAGGAAUUGAGUAUACAUGAGAUUGCAGUCUUGCAUGUGUGCUUUUUUUUAAAUAAGUGUGUUUUAUUAUUUUUUUUAAAAAGGAGCGUAAUGUAGUUACAGAAAUAUUUCUUAGGGUUCACAAUAAUUUAAAUUACAUUCAUCUGUAUAACAAGUUCCUUAAAGUAUAAUAUAAGAGAAAUGUGGCUGUGCUAAAAAUAUUUUGCACCUGUUCCUCUUCCUACGUUACUGUCAGUGUAGAGUAGUAGUAGUAAAACUGAAGGAAUUUUAAAACCCAAAUGUGCUUUUCACCCCUUAGCAUAAAUGGCAAAAUACUAUGUUUACUUUUUGCAGUUUAGUGUUGGCUAGUGGAAAAACAAGAUAAGCCCUUCUGGCUUCCUGAUUCUUAUUUACUAGCUCAGUGCUGUAAUGUUCAGAUUUUGACUGCUGUAGGGGAAUACUUUAAUCCUAGCUAUUGUUACUGACACUUUAAAAUAGGGUAUUUAGGUUUUAUAAAACAUUCCUUUUCCCAAAUACAACCUAAAUUUUGGGUCUUCUGUGGGGUCUCAUCAAAGGUUUAGUUGUAAGAGCAAAUAAACUAUAUAAUGAUUCUUGUUACUAUUUUUAAUAAUUUUAUUAGAACUUAAAAUGUGUACAAUUAACCAAGAAUGAGGAGAGAAACUAGAACAAGAUAUUACUUUUAAUGAAGUGUCUAAUGUUUUGGCAAAACACAUUUGUGUGUUCUGUUUUUGUCACUGUAUAGUUCCAAAUCCAGUAGUGUGCAGGUGAUCUAAGACAAUGCAAAAUAGUCAUCUGAC